AUGGUUCGUGCUCAGCGAUCCAAACCAAGACGGAUCCCAAAGAAAACACCUCAGUAUGGUGAAGAUGACCCAGAGGCGUACAAGGACCUGCCUGUGCCUAACAAGAGGGCAUCCAGUUACACAAAGGACAAAGUUGACGAGUUUCACGAUGAAAAGAUUGCAAGUCUUCUUGCCCGUGGAGUUCAGAUGGACAGUGAGGAAGAAGAGCUGGAUGACGAGGAGGAAGUAAUGGCUCUGGAUGAUUCUGAGGAAGAGGAGGAUGACAUGGAGAGUGACUUGGAAGAAAAGAAAGAGGAAGAUCUUCCAGAUGAAAUGGCAUGGGGCAAAAAGAAGAAAAUGUUUUAUGACACAGACUAUGUCACCGCCAAAGGGAAAAAGGCUGAAGAGUUAGAACAAGAAGAAAAAGAGGAGGAAGAGGAAGCCAUCAAGAUCCAAAAGCGUCUCGCCGCAAAUCUGAGUGAGGAAGAUUAUGACUUGAGUUUCUUCCAGGAGUUUGCUGUGGAAGAGAAGGACGAAGAGAGACCUGUCAAAACUGAGGUAAAGAUUGUAAAAGAUUUGAAAGAAAUGUCCCAAAAGGAAAAGAUCAAACUGCUGAAGAAGGAGUCUCCAGAAUUACUCGAACUCAUCCAGGAUUUCAAGAAAAAGCUUACAGAACUGAAAGAUGAGAUACAGCCUCUUGUUCAGAUGGUCACGGACGGAAAGAUCGCCCCAGGAAAAACUGCAGAGUACCUCAAAACUAAGCAGCAGCUGUAUUUAAACUACUGCACAAAUAUCAGCUUCUACAUGGUGCUGAAAGCGAAAAGGAUCCCCGCUCACAACCACCCGGUGAUCGAGCGACUUUUCACCUACAGAAACCUCAUCAAUGAACUCAGUGCAGUAGAUUCCAGACUUGCGCCACUGUUUCAAAAGCUGCUCUCUGAAGGAGGGAGCCGGAAAGCAGAAGGCAAGAAGACGAGUGAAACAGAAAAGAGCCCUGAGGAUGUCGCUUCUAUGGACGAGGAAGACUCGGACUCUGACCUGGACGAAGAAGCAGCGUUGCAGUUUUACAAAGGCGUCGAACAGAGACUGAAGCUCAAGCGGAAAGGCAGAACUCCAGAGGCCGAAGAAUCUGGUGAGAAGGAAGACGGGGAGAACGACGACGGUGAUGGCGAGGCCAAGAGAGGAAUCACGUAUCAGAUGGCCAAGAAUAAGGGAUUGACACCAAAGAGGAAGAAGAUCGAUCGUAAUCCAAGAGUCAAACACAGAGAGAAGUUUAGACGCGCCAAGAUCCGCAGAAAGGGACAGGUUCGGGAGGUGCGCACCGAGGACAAACGUUACAGUGGAGAGGCGUCUGGCAUCCGCGCUGGAGUCAAGAAGAGCAUCAAACUCAAAGUCUGA